CUCUUUGACUUUUUUUCGACAUGAGUUUCUCUACAUGAGUUAUUAAUUUCAAGAGUUUAUUUUCAAGUGAUUUCAAGGCAAAAGGAAAGACCUGCAAUUGUAAUGACAGGCAAAUUCUUCAUUACGAUGAAUUUUCUCAAGCAUUUAUAAAGAGCACCAACGAUGGCACGUAGUCUGGGGCAGGAGACACACCCCAUCCAACUCUGAUCCAACUACCAGUAAACUCAGCACUCGGGAGUCAUGUACGAUCAUCACGACACAGCUUCGUCUUAACUACAUAAAGGAUUCUCAACGUCAAAUCUUCAAGCGGUGACGUAUGACAUUUGAUCAAUUGAGAGAGUGACACAACUAUGAAACAUUUGGAACGAUUUUGAGCGGUGUCAUUUUGAGAGACUAUAAAUCCAUCUUAGUUUGUGAGAGUUAUAAUGCGGUUCGUUUUUCAAGUUUAAAAAAGGUUCAUUUCAUAAAUCAGUUUAUUGUUAUAUAUUUUUUUUAGGUUUGUACUCUGGUAUAUUAUAAAGUCAUAGAAGAAUAGUAAAACAAACUUUGGAUUGAUGUUUGUUUGUAAUCUGGUGUAUUGAGAAGAAAAGGAUAGCAAGACAAGACUUAUGAAUAAUUAAAUACAUCAGUAUUGGUGAUAGAACAUAGAUCUUUUGAGUCUGUUAGUUUUUUUUGUUUAUCUUUGAUGAGUGAAUUUGCAAAGUAUAGUUAUUUUCAUGUGACAAUUUUUGGGGGCUUGUCCGGGAGCUAAGAUUCACUCAUCAGUCACAUGAAAAUGUUUUUCAUUAAUCUUGAGGCAAAUUUAUAGUUAUAGGGAUUAGUCAUAGGAAUUAGGUAGUAAACAAUACAGAUUAAGGAAGUGAUAGAAUUUGAAUUGUUUUGUAAAGGUUGGUGUGUCUGAACCAAAGUCCUUGUUAGAUUUUUGUUUGUAUGGAAGUUUGAAAUGGAUCCAGAAAAAUAUUUGAGGGUUGGUCAAGCUCUUGGGUUUAGUGGAAAAGAACUCCAAGAUUAUGUAGAAAAAGAACAGAAAGAUGCUCAGAGAGAAGCGAGAGGUGAGAGAGCUGAAUUGUUAGAAUUGAAGAGACAGGAGAAAGAGAUAUUAGAACUACAAUUGGAAUUAGCAAAGGCUAAGCAGGAUGGUACUUCAGACCCAGGAGGUCAGUCUAGUAGUAAUCGAAGUUCGGCUAGGACCCCUAAACUCCCAGCAUUUAAUGAUGGAAAAGAUGAUAUUGAUGCGUAUUUGCAUCGUUUUGAGAGAUAUGCGAUAGGGCAAGGUUGGAAGAAAGAAGAUUGGGCAAUGAAUUUAAGCGCCCUUUUGAGUGGGAAGGCUCUAGAUGUUUAUUCUCGUUUACCAGAUAGGGAUGCUAGUGACUUUGAUGAACUUAAGGCAGCCUUACUGCAGAGAUAUGAUUAUACAGCAGAGGGAUUUCGGAAUAAGUUAUUCACUAGUAAACCAGAAGCGGGUGAGACUGGUCACCAAUAUGCAGCCAGAAUUGGGAAGUAUUUUGAUAGGUGGAUAAAGUUAGCUGGAAUAAAGGAGAAUUUCGUAGAGUUGAGAGAUCUCAUAAUAAAGGGACAAUUUGUAGAUGGUUGUAGUAAAGAACUGUCACUCUUCCUUAGGGAAAGACAACCUUCUGAUUUAGAGACUACCGCUGAACUAACAGAACAAUACUUAACAGCCCGUGGGGGUAUGUUCACUCAGUCAGGUUCUAGACAAAUCAGAAACCAGGAUAGAUUUGUAAAGAAACCCGAAGGUAAGAUUUAUAACUCAGAACCCAAAGGUGCUUUCGCAAAUCAACCAAUUGAAUGUUACAAUUGCCACAGAAAUGGACACUUAGCCAGAAAUUGUACAGUAAAACCUAUGACUAACACUCAAACCAGUCCUAACAUGCCAAAGACAUGUUAUUUGUGUCACAAACCGGGACACUUCGCAAGGAAUUGUAAUUACAAUCGACCUAGACUAGGUGCUGCUUUUUCUAAUAUGAACCAAACUAUUGAUAGCAAUGCAAGUCCACAUAUGCAGCAGUUUAGGACAUACCCAGAGCAAUCUAGGUCACUGUCUGCAGAAGCCCCACCAUUUAGGACAGAUCAAGGUCAUGCUAUGUCUUAUCAUGUGCCCAACGAGCUUAGGACAUAUAAUCAUGAAUACUUACCAGGCCAACCAAGUUUGAAUGACCAAUCAUCCCACACAGAUGUUAGAUUCGACCCAGUAGCAUCAUGUAUGGAGAUAAAUGAUUCACCGCAAUCACUCCAUUCUUGUUGUUUGCCAGAUAACCAAGAUCACAUCACCCUUCAAUGUGGUCAUUCACUUCCAAUUGUAAGUGCCGCAUGUAAUAGCAAAGUAAAUAUAGAUAAACGAAUGCCAGUAACAAAAGGUAUUGUUGGAAAUAAACAGGUCUCAGUACUUCGGGACAGCGGCUGCAGCAGUGCUGUGAUCCGUCAAAGUUUGGUACUUCCAGAACAAAUGACAGGUAAGGAAACCACAUGUAUUUUAAUAGAUGGGACUGUAAGGAAAGUUCCAGUUGCAAGAAUCCAUGUUGAUACACCCUACUUAGUCAAAACAAUUGAUGUACUUUGCAUGAAGAACCCCUUGUACGAUCUAUUCUAG